AGGCGCUUGACAAACAAAUUGUUGUAGGUCGUCCUUGCUUAAGGGUUAGGAGCUAACAGGUAAAGGUUAGGCUACUGAUCACAGUCCAACAUCUGUCAAUAUGGAAAACCUUAUACAUGGACGAGAACAGAGGAAAGUUGUUGGCGACAAAAACGCCAUUAUUGUGCGUAAAUUUAAACACUCAGAUAACCCAGAGGUCCUGCGCAUUUUUCAAGACGGACUGCAUGAGAUGAUUCCGGACACGGCAUUUAGGGCUUUAAAAUAUCAUCCUGAAAGUACGUCCUUGUAUGUCAUUAUGACACUUGUGUGUCUUGUUGCGACAAAAUCUUGGUGCUUGACGGCACUGGUGCCUAUCGCUGUCCUGUGCGCGAGGUACUACUACAGCAGGCAAAUCACCCUAGAUUACCUGGAAAAUGCGAAGCGCACUGACAUGAGAGACAUAGAAGGAUGUUAUAUGAACACACCAGACUGCUGCAUGUGGGUUGCAGUCCAAGGGGACAGAGUAAUAGGUGUGGUAGCAGCGGUCAGUCACCUGAGUGGAGAUGGUGCUGUGGAGCUGAAGCGUAUGGCUGUGGACCGAAGCUGUAGACGGCUAGGGGUCGGCGCAUUGCUGGGUCAGAAAGUUUUAGAAUUUGCUUCAGCUCGCGGAAACCCUUCAGUCGUUUUGGGAACCACCUCAUAUUCGCCAGCCGCCCACAAGCUGUACCGAACAUUGGGGUUUCGGUGCAAUGGCGUAACCAACGGAUAUACGGUACCCGGAGCAAGACGCUUAGUUCUAGAAUGGGUGUUCUACUGGGUCCGGCAUCAUCAUUACCACCUGGACAUGCCUAAGGCCAAAACAAACACUCAUGGACAACACUAACUCUCUUGACUAAACUUAGUUUAAUAUAAUGAAUCAGUAAGGAGUAUAGAAGUUUGAGGAUACAAUGUCAGGUUUCACAGUUUUUCACAAAUAAUACGUCUUUCAAGAUAUAGUUUCUUGUUACUAUUGAGUGAAACAGGGGCGUCCUUAUACCUUUUUUACUGGGGCACGUGCCUCAGUAUACAUCUGCUGUGGCCCAGAAAAAUCUGAAGUUUGAGUUUUAACAAAUUACUUUAUUAGUCAGUGCAUUAAUUUAGAUUGAUAAUCCCAGAAAUAAUUUACGCAGUAUACCAAUCAACACUUGUAAAAGUGUUUAAUUGAAAACACAAACCUAUAUGCAUGCCGAAUUACAUGUCAGCCCGCUCUUCUGAGAUUGCCAAAUAGCCACUGCAGCAAGGACACAGAAGUCCUGGGGGGGAUUCCAGAAAGCAGGUUAACCAAUUGGGCUUCAAGACCGGCCACUCCACAGAAACUGCCCUCCUGUCAGUCACCACUGCCCUCCAGUCUGCCAGAGCGGCUUCAAAGUCAUCUGUCAUCAUUCUGCUGGACCUUUCUGCAGCAUUUGAUAUGGUUAACCAUCAGAUCCUGCUCGCCAGACUCUCUGAGAUGGGCAUCACUGGCACUGCACUUCAGUGGAUCUCAUCCUACCUGUCCGGAAGAUCCUACCAGGUCUCCUGGGGAGGCAAAGUGUCUUGCCCCCACCAGCUCUCCACUGGUGUUCCACAGGGCUCGGUCCUUGGCCCCCUCCUCUUCUCCCUGUACACCACCUCACUUGGACCAAUCAUCACCUCCCACGGCUUCUCCUACCACUGCUACACCGACGACACGCAGCUAUACCUGUCGUUCCCCCCGACUGAUCCGGGGAUCUCGCCUAGGAGUCCACGGUAUUCCAAAAAGCAGGUUAUGUGACAUACCCGGGUAAGUUAACUCCCCAGCUGAAUCGCAACAUUGUAGCAACAUUGCCAGUAGGUUGCUGCAUCAUUGUGAAUCAGCUGGUGGGUUCAUUUACCUGGUUAUGUUGCAUAACCUGCUUUCUGGAAUACCCCCCUGGGGAGCUAACUUACCCCUGUAUGUGGGGGGUCAGAUGGCUGAGCGAAAUGUAAAUGUCACAUAACAUGCUUUCUGGAAGACCCCCCAGGUGUCGGACUCGGCACACGUCAGAAUUGAGGUAGGCUAAGAAAACAUUACAAAACUAAAUAUAGUUUCUA